AUGAUCCGGUCGACUAGUUCCUCGAUAAUCAGUUUAGAAAACUUGCCUGAUGAAAUUCUUCUAUUAAUCUAUCGUUAUUUAUCAUCAAUCGAUAUUCUUUUUUCAUUUUAUGGAUUAAACACUCGAUUAAAUGAAACAAUUAGUGAAAUCUAUUGUCAUUUAUUUUUAGGAGACGUUUCAUAUAAACGAUUCAGAUAUAUCUGUUCAUCAAUUAUUCCUCAAAUAGGAUAUAAUGUAUGUUCAUUAAUUGUAAGUGAUCGGUCAAUAGAAAAAUUAUCAAAAAUAUUUCUUGAAUAUUUUGAUGGACGAAUUUCUUUAAUCUUUCCAAAGUUGAAAUGUUUAACACUUCUAGAAGUGACUACGGAUGUAUUGUCAUCAUUUAUUGAUAAUUUAAAUAAUUUGAAAGAUCUAAUUCAAUUGAAUAUUUAUUCUUUAAAUCGAAACAAUAUCGAUACAGAUGGAAUACAAAUAUUAUUAAAUAAAAUAUUUUCCGCUAAUAAUUCUCGAUUAAAUACAAUUUGUUAUGAUCAUGAAUCGAUACCUUUAACAGUUAUUGAUCAAAAUAAUCAUUUAUUAUAUUCAAAUUUAAAAAAAUUAGAAAUUUUUCUUGAAAGAUUACACGAUCUUCAUCAUUUAUUAACUCGUUUACCACAAAUUGAAAUAUUUCAUGUUGGUCUUCAGUAUGAAUCAUCGGAAUUUAACCAUACAAAAGAAUAUUCUCCUGUUGAAAGUCUUAUUGAAUUAAAUUUAAUAUCAUUAGGAUAUUCAUUUAAUUUUAAUGAACUUACAUCUAUACUAAAUCGAACAAAAAAUAUUGAAAAACUUUCAAUUAAAAUUGAUAAUACAGAUGAUUUACAUUUAAUUGAUGGAAAUUAUUUUAAUUCUUUUUUAUCAUCUUUUCAUUUAAAACAAUUUAAUUAUUUAGUUAAAUAUAUAUCAGAUUCUUCUAUUAAUCAAAAAGAAAUUCUUUCAACAUGGAAACAAUUUUCUCAACAAUUCGAUUGUCUUAUAGAUGAUGACCAAAAUAAUAUCAUUUUAUAUAGUAUACCUAUUCAUUUUUCACAUAUCGGAAUUUCGACCAGAUUCUUUACCAAUAUAUCUUCUAUCAAUAAUCAUUUUCAUAAUAUUCAAUCUUUACGUUUAUAUGGAGUACCACAUAUCAUAUCUGAAAUAUUUCCAAUAUUAACAAAAUGUAAAAAAAUUAAAUGUUUAGAUUUCAAUGGUGGAGAUGAUGACAUUGUUUUAAAAUUGAGAAAAGAAACUCAUCUAUGUAAACUUGUUCAUCUUACUCAUUUGUUAUUGUUACGAUCAUCAGUUGACAUAAAAUCUUUUCAAGAAUUACUUCAAUCAUCACCUAAUCUAUUUGAUUUAAAUAUACAUUCAAAACCUCUUCAUUCAUUACUCGAUCAACAAUCGAUUUGUCAUUUAUUAGGACAGCAAAUUACUAAUUUAUAUAUUUACUGGCCUCGUAGCGACACUUUGUAA